GGAAUACAGAGUAGAAGUUUUUCUUGUGAAACAGCGAAGCCACGCGAGAGAGAGAGAGAGAGAGAGAGAGAGAGAGAGGAGAAGAGGAACAAUGGCGGCGGAGGAAGAGAGCACUGUGAAGGAGCCCUUGGAUCUAAUCCGCCUCAGUCUCGACGAGCGCAUUUACGUUAAGCUCCGUUCCGAUCGUGAACUCCGCGGCAAACUGCAUGCUUAUGACCAGCAUUUAAAUAUGAUUCUUGGGGAUGUGGAGGAAAUAAUCACCACUGUUGAAAUUGAUGAUGAAACUUAUGAAGAGAUUGUCCGGACAACAAGGCGCACGGUUCCAUUUCUUUUUGUUAGAGGAGACGGUGUAAUAUUGGUUUCUCCACCUCUCCGAACAGCAUGACUCUUGCCAACUUCAUGCGUAUGGAUGUCUGUUGGGUAGCGUAGACAAUAUGCUCAUGGCUGCUUUUUAUUUGUAGCCAGUUUUAAUGUUUUAGAAAUGGAAUUUUCACAGAUAAUAUUGUGUUGUUAGAAGCUACUUUGCAAUGCACAAACAGGCUAUGUUUUACAUUGUUAUUGCUUUGUUAGGAUUCAGUGAAGGGCAGGCUUCUUGAUUUACUGAGGUCACUGGCCAAACAAGUAACAUGUUCCAGUAAUUGAACCUUGAUCAUAUUCUUCUGUUUUUAGUUUUAAGGAACCAGAAUGUUUCACAUUA